AUGGCCUCCGAGUUCAUUGGCUACAACGUGCUCGUGACUUUGAGAGCACCCUCUGGGGGGAAGCUCCAAGGUCAAGUCGCCAAUGUGAUCGGGCAGAGUUUGUUGCUGCAAAAUGUGACUCUUAUGUGGAAUGGCCAACGUAUCCCCCAGUAUUCGAUUGAUGCCGCCAAUAUCGCCGAUCUCUCCCUGCAAACCACCACUUCAGCUCCCCCGCAGCGUCAGCAUGUACCGCAAGGGGCAACUCACACGCCAGCAGCAGCUCCACCACCACCGCAACAUCGCCCUCAACAACAAUUCGUCGACCCUGCGAUUCUGAGUUUCUCGAAACCCCCUUCCCAGCCCAACCAACCGCCUGCGCAGAGCCCUGUUGAAGCUGGCACCCAGCGCACUCCUGCAAAUGUCUCAGCUGCAUUGACGGAGCCAUUCAGUCACCUUGGAUUGAAUGUGGAGAGCAGAGCAACAGAAUCGUCGGGGACACUCCCGGCGAACGAGCUUCAAAAUACCCAGAAUGCCAAACAGACACCGAGACGCAACAGGCGGGGUAAUGGAGAGGCUCUGAACAAACAUGGAGCUGCUGCAAGCACCAAUCCGAAGAGCAAAGGCUGGCGUCAAACCGCAUUCGUAGAACCUGCAGCCCCUCCCAACGAGGCCUCACCCUCGACACCCGCUGCGAAACUUCGCAGGAAGAAGCAUCGUCAGCCCUAUGCAGAGGAUGCCAGUGGCUGGGCUACGGAGGAUGCAACGGACAUCCAGGAGCUGGGUGAAUUUGAUUUCCAAAGCAACUUGUCCAAAUUUGACAAACACCGAGUGUUCGCGGAGAUUCGAAAUGAUGACACCACGGCAGACGAGGCGCGUUUGGUCAGCUUCAACCGGAAAGCCAAGCCUGGGACGAAUGGGGGAAAGAACUUGCACUGGACGGAGAAUGUUCUCGACAGCCCGCAGAACAGUGAGAGCGACGACGAUAUCGAGCAAAUCAGCGAUGCCAGACUCAGUGGCGAGACCAGAUCGGGACGAGAGCGCUCCCGAGCGGCUUUGCGGAUCCAACCUACUCGCAAAGGCAGCGGUGUACUGGGACAGCCGUCUUUUAUCCCGCCACAAAUCAACACCCUUUCGCGCAGCCAGACAUUGAACACCUCCCGAACCACGAGCCCUCGGCCCGGCAGAGCGUCAGCCUCUCCCAUGGUUGGCCCUGGUGUCUCCGGAGCCUCUCUCCGCCUGACUACUACCAACCGCAGUUGCCCGACGGUGAGCCCUCUGCAAACACUCGAGGUCGAGCAGAUUUCGGUGGCAGAGUUUGGUUUGACCGAAGAUCUCAUCACUGAGAACGCGGGGCGAGGCAUUGCAGAAGCCGCCGUUGCUCUUCUUUCCAACGACGCCGCUGCUCCUACUAUGCUGAUUCUCACUGGCAAUCACCGUACCGGCGCACGCGCGGUCUCCGCUGCCCGCCACCUUCGAAACCGAGGCCAUCGCGUCACCUUGUGCAUGCUCGGUCUGGAACAUGAAACCGAACUGCUGGAAAGUUGCCGUAAGCAGCUCGACAUUUUCCGCAAGAUUGGCGGCCGCGUUAUGAAAUGGGAGGAACUGUCAGGGCGCUUGUCCACCUCGGAAGUAGACCCUGACUUGGUCAUCGAUGCGCUGUUUGGCAUGCACAUCGCUUUCGAUGAUUUGCGGAAUGAUGACCAAGCCGUAGCGUUUGAGAUGAUCUCGUGGAUGAAUCUGGAUAGUGCCAGCAUUCUUUCUGUCGACGUCCCAUCUGGCCUGUCGGCUACUACUGGCGAGGUGACCAUGGUCGAAGGCAGCCCACUGUGCGUGAAUGCAACGUCGGUUGUAUGCUUAGGUGCUCCGAAGACAGGGAUCCUCAGUGCCUCUCUCUCCGGAGAGGAACUAUCUUGGAGCCUCGCCGUCGCCGACAUUGGGAUUCCGCAGAUCGUAUGGCGCAAGUACGGUACCCGGCGUCGACAUGGCAUUGAUUUCGGAAAUCGGUGGGUGGUGCCUCUGCGGUUCCAGCCCUCGGCCAUCUAG